UUCGUGCUUCAACCAGAUACACAGGUGAGACGGAACGUAGCAGAAUUUACAAGUCGGAGGAACCUCUUUCACUAGCCAGGCUGUCCUGGCCCCCUGUUCCACCGUUUCAACUAAUGGCCUCUGCAAUGGCAGAUUUUCACGAUAUGUGGCAUGACAUAGAGAGUGUGUUGCUAGUCGAUUCACAGCCCUCUGACCACAACUUCAAAAUGAUGCAGCCGAAUACGAGUGCUUCCUUUUUACAUAUUCCUCCAAGGGUUGAGAUAUUGCCCCAGACUCAAAGAGAGGAACUGCAGCAGCACCCACAGGUCAACUUUGGUGCAUUUGUGCAGGAGUGGCAGCCGAAACAAAGGCAACAAAAACAAAUUCAGCUUCAGAGUAGCAUUGAUGACUUUCUACUGGAUCUAGACUUUGUGCUCAAUCCUGACGGAACAAGUCUUUAUACUGAAACACAGAACCACGCAGAUGUUUUGCAGAAACAGAUCCUCCCGUUUUACCAUACUUCCGUGGACACUUCUACCGCUAGUUGUGAAACGUUUCGCUCACAAUUAGGUCAUGUCCCUACUCAAUCAAUGUCUUCAAGUGUAACGAGCUCAGCCUAUAAUGUAGGGAUUUGUCCAACUUCAACGGUAGAGGCAUCCUAUGGAGGUCUCUCUUGGACACAGUAUAAUAAUAAUGAUGAUAAUAACAAGAUGGCGUUCGUGUCAAGCCAGAUAUCGCCGCCAGCAUCACCAGAAAGAACAGCUAUUCACUUUCAACAGAAAGUUCCUUCUACAAAUUUAGAUGUUUGUACAUCAGUUCCUCUAACUGUUUCAUCAACAGUGACACAACCGCAACGGCCCCUCUUACACCAGGUGGGUCGUCUUAUAGCUCCAGCUCCUCGUCAUCCCAUCCAACAGCAACAACAACAACAGCUUCAGCAACACCUUAGGAUGAUGACACCGCCAUCAUCUCCUCAUCUUGUAGACCUUCUAAGUGGAACCAAUAUGGCUAGAAAUGGAUAUGUGACAACAACGAAUAUGGUUCAGCUGCCUGAUCCCUCUCAAGCCAAGAACAAAAAAGGUCGUCGUAAUGUUGGGCGAAAAAAGGUCACAAGUCACUCCUGCUCUUAUCCGGGCUGUAAUAAAAUGUACACAAAGAGUUCGCACCUGAAGGCUCACCUCCGAACUCAUACCGGUGAAAAACCCUACCAGUGCACGUGGAAAGGAUGCAGCUGGAAAUUCGCCCGCUCAGACGAACUGACCAGACACUACCGAAAACAUACUGGUGACAGACCUUUCCAGUGCCGCCUAUGUGAGCGUGCAUUUUCCAGGUCGGACCAUCUGUCGCUCCAUAUGAAAAGACAUACAGCUGUAUGAAGUAGAUAAACACUAGAUUCUACCAAGAGAGUCGAGAAUAUUUGAAUUUUCCUUACAAACCAUGACAGAUUUAGUUCCUCGAGAAAAUAACUUAGCUUUGUAUGUAAGCACUUAUUUUUAUAUCGACAUUUCGAUAUUACUAUAGCUUGCCAGAUACAGGUGUAACGCGAGAGUGGGACCAGUUUUACUCAACUGACUUAUACAUUCAUUUCGAUUGGUCAUUCGAAGACUUAUUUAUGUAACUUUUCAAAAAAAAAAAUGGUGCCCUCAAAAUUAAACGAACGGACAAUCAAGAACCUUGAAAUAUUUAACAUCUAUGUUUAACAUAAGAAAAAAUUUAGUAGGUAAGUGAUUUAGAUAUAUCCUAAAGUUUGUGUAUAUGUCAACAUUUUCCUCCGAAGAUUAUAAACAUCGAUGAAUGUAAAGAAAACUAUAUAUAUGCUAUACAUAAACACUUAAUGUAGGCUUAGACUUUUCAAUGCAGUGCCUAAUUUAUUACUAUGAAUAAUGACAUCCAAAGCGGAUUUUGUUUCGUUAAUGAUGUCUUAUCUACUAAAAACUGUUGAAUGAAAUGAAGUGCAAGUGAUGAAGAAAAUAAAAUAUUCUAUGUUUUUUAACACCGCAGAGCUAAAAGAAUUGAUGUAUUACCGCCAAUCGUUUUAUUAUCUAAAAUAUUACGAAGCACCAAUUUUAAUAUCCUGUUCUGUUGUUCAACAAGCGACAUCUAUCGGAUGCCACUAUAUUUCAAGAACAUUCUUAGUUUAAAACGCCAUCAUUAAUUUUUAUUCGAAAAUUGCAUUUUAGUAAUCGCUGUAUAACAAAAAUUAUGUUUCGAGUUUUAUAACAAGAAACUACUUUGUACGCAUAACACAAUUAUAUGGGUAGCAUUAGGAAGACGUGUUUGACAUACAUAUAAUCU